GUAUAUUAUCCGGUUUUCGACCGUGUUUGGGCACAGUGAACCAUCAAUUAGUAGUCCCGUCACUGAAAUAUGUUUUCGCGACAAAAAGUUGCAAAAAUUUAGGAUAGUUUUGUUUUAAUUACACUCCUGUUGUAUAAAAUGAAGAAGAUGGCAGAUGAUGAUGUUUUAUGUUGCUGUGAGUACAGAAAUAAAAAUGGUGAAAAAUCUCACCUUUUGGCUUGCUGUUGUGACUGUGAAGCCCUGGAUCAGAUUGCAGAUAGAGUUUUCAAGUGUGAAAAGAUUCCAACAUCUCUAGUUGAUCGGUUAUUUGAGACAAUAGUUGACCGAUGCCGUGUACCAGGAUUAUCUGGUGGUGGUGCUACACAGAUAAACCUAGAGGUUGCCAUCCCUGUCCUAGUUAUACCAAUUAGUUUGAUGAUAUGUGCAGUUGGACCAAUCUCAACAGGUUGUAUACUCGCCUGUCUUCCAUAUUUCUGCUUCUUUUUCUACCGUACAUGGAAGAGAAAAACGAAGAAGACUCGGACCAAAUUUUUCUUUGCUUGGGGUGUGACAUCAUUGCUAUUUAUGUAUUUUCUAUUUGAAGUUGUUAUAUGUAUGAACACAAAUGUCUCCAAGUUAGAAAACCUAUGUGUUAGUCUAUCAGUGAUGGGAAUGUGUGUUGCUCUAAGAUUUGCCAAGAAAGAUCCAGGAAUAAUACCCAGUGAGAAAGUAAAACAAUACCUGUAUGAUACAUAUAGUUUUACAGUACAUAGAAGCUCGCAUGAAGGGGAUAAAGAUAUUGAAGACUUUGAAGUUAUAGAACAUAAAGAUAUACCUGAUGAUACACACAACAAAGAUAUGGAAGAUCUGCAGACAAUGAAAGGAGCAGACGGUGAAGAGCAUAGUAAGGGAGCUAACUGGUGUAAUAUUUGUUGUAUAGAAAAACCUCCAAGAGCUGGUCAUUGUACUGUAUGUGAUGUUUGUAUAUAUAACAGGGACCAUCACUGUGUUUGGAUAGAUAGCUGUGUUGGAGCAAGAAAUCAUAGGUCAUUCCUUGUUGCUAUGACAAUAUUUGUAUUCACUAGUUACUAUGGAGGUUAUUUGACCUUGGCUGCAGUAUGUGAUCCGAUGUCGCCUCAUGAAGCUACCUGUUCCUUCCGAACUGCAUACAGAGAUUUUAAGUGGGGACUUUGUUAUGCAAGUGCCUGGUAUGUUGUUGUCGUAGCAACACUAAUGUUGUUUGGUUUAAUACACCAGAUGGUGCUGAUUUCUCAAAACAUGACUUCACAAGAGUUACAUACUGCCAUAAAGUUUGGAAACACAAGAUGUUUAAUUUACAACAUAAGGAAUGUGUACAACCAAGGCAUAUUACAGAACUGGAGUGAUUUCUUUAUGAAAAAAAGAUAUGUAGCCAUGUAUGAAACUGUAUAAAGAACAGCUUAAAAAAAAAGAAAAAAGCCAGUAUGGAUCUGAACUAUAAUAUAUAGAUAUAUGAGUAAUGUAAAUGUUGUUAAUAUUAUAAUAUAAAUAUUACUACAUGUACUAGUAACUGACAACAUUGAAGCAGUUAUUCUUAUAAUGGGAAUUUGUAGAGAAAAAUUGUGGGUAAAAUAUGUGUAAAGGAAGACUGGGUGAUGGUGAU